AUGUUCGAGAGAUAUCUUCAUUUGCAUUUGGCAAUUCAAGAGAUGAGUUAUAAAGAGCAAUCAGUGCCCGCUUGCUUAGAUAAUGAAAGCCUUAUAGUUCUCAAGACUUUCUUUAUAUUAGAAAUUGAUCAGCAUAUUCAUAAAUUUAGAGAUAAUAAUAUUAACGUUAAUAAUAUUUUAAUGACAAAAAAAUUUGACAAAUAUUGGAAAUCUAUCCUUGAUCAUAUUAUAAUUGCCCAUGUACUUGAUCCAAAAUAUAAGUUGAAGCACUUGAAGGCAACGCUAAUAGAAGUUGGUGAAUAUAAUAAUAGUGAUGCAAAAAUAUUUGUCAAUGAUAUUCACAAAAAAGUUAUUUCAUAUGGAACAAAAUAUUCUAGCACAAGUUCUUCAAAUUAUGUUGAAAUUGAUAAUAAUGACAAUUCUAUGUCAGAUUUCUUAUUCCCUAUAAGAAGAACUUCAAAAAGAUGA